AUGGCAGGACCCUCGACCUGGGGGAAGAACAUUGAUGAUCGUCCUUCACUCCUCUGGCAGCUAUAUAUUGUUCACGGUAUAUAUUGUGGUCACGUUGUCCCCGUACUUUAUACGUUAUUACGUCGGAAAAAUGCUGCAACAUAUCAACGUUUAAUAAACCUGUUAGUUUCCAUUUUUUUUCUAAUUAUUAUGGUAGUUCACGCUAUCUACUGUGAUCAAAAACCACUACCGUUAACUGCAAGAUACGAAGCAGUUUAUUUCAACGAAAAUCAACCAUUAGCAUCACAUCGAUAUCCAAAACCUCAGCAUGAUAACUUACUCCGUUAUAUUACAUUUAAUGAUCCAGUGAAUAAUAAUUUUGACAAUGAUUAUCAAGAAGAACUAAUUUCGGACGAUGAUACUACGGAUGAUGACUAUAAAAUGAAACGAGCUAAUUUUUGGAAGAGAGCGAACUUUUGGAAAAAACGUCGCUCCUCAAAACGAGCUAACUUUUGGAAAAGAGAUGAAUAA